UACAUGUAUCAUGAAGAUGUCUGAAGGCAAAAUAGUUUGCAGUGAUAUUCUUUUGGAAUUUUUAGAAGUAGCAUUCAAUCACAUUUUGUUCUUCAGAAAUUUAUAUCCCAAGGAAAUUUUUACAAAGAAAAAGAUAUAUAGUAUCACGGUAUACGUAUCAGAGCAUCCAGAACUUAAUGAGUAUCUAAAAAAUGUUCUAAGUGCAAUAAGAGAAUUGAUAAGAGAAAAUGAUAGCAGCAUUAAAGCAAUCAAUCUUGUAUUUUAUAACAAAAAUAAGCAACCAAUCGAGAAGUUCAUUUUUGACCUAGUUAAGCUCCAAACAAAUAGCACAGAGAAAGAUCCGUAUUACUUGAGAACAGAAGAAGCACUCAGAACAAUUUGUUUGAAACUUUCCAUGUGCGAGGCAUAUUUAAAACCAUUACCAGAGGACUCAACUUUUUCCAUCGAAAUACAAACAUAUGAAACUGCACAUGUAGCUUUAAAUGAAAAUCCUCGUUGUGAAGACUUUCCUUGGAUUAUUAAUGAAGCUGCUUUGGAAAUGACGGACAAAACUUUACUUCCAUUGAAAACUAUUAAUACGGAUUGCUUACAUCUACAGAUGUAUGUUUUGGAAAAUCAGAAUUGUAAAAUCGAAAAUUGAUUUUAAUUAAAAAGCUGCUGUGUUCAACACAUCUGAAUAAAAUUCUGGAUUUUUUACAAAUAAAACCAUAAACUGAAAGUAGGAGUGCAGUUCUUGCAUUUCUUUAAUCGUCAGAUUGAGAAUUUGGGAAGUAUUUCAUCCAAUGAAUCUAACCAAUCUUGCAACACAACCAAGUGACAUAAUGGAAAAAUUAACAACAAAAAUUCCUCAUAAAUUUAAUAUAUUAUAUUUUUAAAUAUUGUAUUAGAUCAU